GGUAGUGAUGUUAUGGGUAAAUAGGCUCUGUAGCCGUGGCAGCGGCCGAGGUGGGCCGGCCGGGGACCCGCUGCCGCUGAGCGGAGGGAGAAACUGCUUGUCUGUAUCAGCCUUGGCAGCGCCGCGCCGCGGCUGCGGGGCCGGCAGCGAAACCAUGUGCUCGUCUGGGCGGGCACCGUGCUGCUUCCUCUUUGUACCCCAGCAUCUAGCAGUGUUGGCAUGUAGAAGGCACUCAAGAAGCGGGUGCUGAGUGAACGAUGCCUGUGACAAGCAAGCGAACUUUAUUCUUUCCUGACCCUUGCUCCCAUGACACAUCUCUUGACUUCUACUGUUACCCUUUCAGAGCAGAACUUCUCUAGGGAACCUGGAAGGCAACAGCUAUGGCCAAGGAUAUCCUGGGUGAAGCAGGGCUGCACUUUGAUGAGCUGAACAAGCUGCGGGUGUUGGACCCAGAGGUUACCCAGCAGACCAUAGAGCUCAAGGAAGAGUGCAAGGACUUUGUGGACAAAAUUGGCCAGUUUCAGAAAAUAGUUGGUGGUUUAAUUGAGCUUGUUGACCAACUUGCAAAAGAAGCAGAAAAUGAGAAGAUGAAGGCCAUUGGUGCUCGCAACUUGCUCAAGUCUAUAGCAAAGCAGAGAGAGGCCCAGCAGCAGCAACUUCAAGCACUAAUAGCAGAAAAGAAAAUGCAGCUGGAAAGGAAUAGCAUCUCCCUUGCCAUCCUGAUUUGAUUUUCUAAAUUACAUUUGAUGAGAAGGAAAUAGAAAGCUUGUUAGUCUUAAGCCACUUCUAGUCGCUUGAGCAUGACAGGGCCCAUACAGCUAGCUCUGAAAGACUUUCCUAGCGCAGGACAUUUCUCAAGGGGGCUCUGGGUAGGGUUCUGCCUCUUACUAUCUUUCUUUCUUCAUUCUGAACUUGUGCCAUUUCUUGAAAUUAUUUAAACCUCUAUAUUCUUCUCUAGAGGAAUUAAGUCUGUGGUUUACUUCAUCCUUUUUCAGGGCCUCUAACAAUUUUGUUUUUCAGGUAUCGGGUUGAAUAUGAAGCUUUGUGUAAAGUAGAAGCAGAACAAAAUGAAUUUAUUGACCAAUUUAUUUUUCAGAAAUGAACUGAAAAUUUCACUUUUAUAGGAGGAAAGCAAAAAACAGCCCCCAAAACCAAAAAAACCUCUGUACCAUUCCAGUGAACUAAUGACCUAAGUAUGUCCCGUGAGAUGGUGUGUGAGGAGCACAGCCCUCUGAAGGCAGUACUGCAAGUCUGGGGCACUUGUUUUAAGUAUCGGGGCACUGUUGCUACUGGUGGCCAUGCAUUGUGGGUUCACACCUCUCACAUUCUUAGUCGGAACUAAGCAGUUUGUAAACUUUGAUCCUUUUUUGUAAAUUCAUAGCUUUGGAAGGAAAAGCAAUAAAUUAUUGUUUUCAAA